CUAAAAUGUUUUAUUUUUGUAUCGCAAGGAAAACUAAUAAAAUUAGUUAAUUUUAACAACGUUUUGUUUGGUUUCCUACAGUCUUCCGAAAAUUCCAAUAUUAAAAUGAUAUCGCGGUCUAAACACCGCUCAACUGUUGAAGUUUGUUCGGACUGCGGGGCAUCAGAUCCUACGUGGGCAUCGAUUAACCGUGGAUUGUUACUUUGUGCCGAAUGCUGUAGUGUACAUCGCAGUAUGGGAAGACAUAUUUCUCACGUUAAAUCACUACGGCAAGGUUCCUGGCCACCCUCUUUACUGGCGUUGGUGCAGUCCCUUACAGCUCAAAAUGUGAAUAGUAUAUGGGAACAUUCGUUACUGGACACUUCGGCGCCAAAACACUUGCGUAAAAAACCGCAACCCAAAGAUCCACUACAUCCAAUAAAGUCAGAAUUCAUAUUAGCUAAACACUUGCGUUUGGCAUAUGUUCUGAAAGCCCGUCGAGAUGAACCACCCAGUGAGUUGGGCAGACAGCUGCAUAGUGCAGUCAGGAGUUCUUCGCUCGAUACAGCCAUGCGGUUACUUGCACAAGGUGCUGAUCCCAAUUAUUACAAUCAGGAGAAAGGAAGUGCAUGUCUCCAUGUAGCAUGUAGAGCGGGGCAGCCAGCACAAGCUGAGCUUUUAGUAGCCUGGGGUGCAGAUCCCAAUACAAGGGACAGCUCCGGGAAUACACCCGCUGAUUGCGCAAGACAAGGAGGGCAUACUGAGUUAGCGGAGAGAGUGACAGAGUUGGUUUAUGAGGCAACGGAUCGUAUGAUCGUGUUCCUGACUGGUGAGAGGCCCGCACACGCUGCCGGCCGGCACUUCAUGGUGCCGCGCGCUCACGACACACACGAGAUGACAGAUGUUGCUAAAGCGGCACGGGGCAAGCUGCAGCUGCUACCAAAUCAUCUUUUUGAAGAGUUGGUGAUGGACAUUUAUGAUGAAAUUGAUCGGAGAGAGACCGAAGCGAUUUGGCAAAGCGAGGCAAGUGGACUGGAGCGAUGCGGCGUGGCGUUCCUGCCGGUGAACCCCGCACUGUCCGCACCGAGGAACCAGGGCCGGCAGAAGCUGGCGCGUCUCUCCGCGCCCGAGCUGGCAGCGCUCCUGCGAGAUGUACUGCUGGAUGCCACCAGGCGGCAACGGUUGGCGACACUCCAUCCCAGAACUCCGGGUGGUCAUCUCAAUCCGUUGCUGUCUGCGAGCCACUUGAAGCACAUGUCUCAGAUGUCAGACGACGAGCCCCUGUAUGACUCUGUGGCCUCCGACGACGACUACGCAGCUCUCACACCGAUAGACCUCGAUAUGACGAAUAUUCAUCCAAGAACUGCUGAAGCGGUGUCAUCAACGUACAACCCAUCAUUACCCAACGACCAAACGGACUCGAAGCGAACUCAAUCACCAACCACAUUGAACGCACCGGAACACGAAAUCGAAACACUAAAGAAGGAACUUGACAAUAGAGAUUCCACGAUCACGGAACUCAAGAACCAAUUGAAGAAUUUACAAACAAUAGUUGAACAGCUGACGAAAGAAAACAGUGUAUUAAAAACUACUAGUAGUAUAGAUGACGACCAGAGUAUGACGUCACAGACUUCUAUAAGUGAGAGUGGUGUGUUGGAGGGGAAGUUUCCAGAAAGAGGAAGGAGCCUAGAGACGGACCAGCUGACAUUGAGUGAGGAGGUUGACGUGCGACAGAAUGCGAAGCCCCAGCGACCGGUCAGUAUGUAUGAGGCUAGGGAGGGCCCAAAGAAUAACUGGCAGGUUACUAAACAUCAGUUAACAAGCCUGCCGGGUCUGGAGAGGUCGUUGACGCAGAGUGCGCUGGACGGCGAUGAGGGCGUGGCCCUCGGGGCAGAGGGCGGAGCGCUAGCGGGCGAGGAGGCGGUACAGCGACGCGCGGAGGCGGUGACGCGCGCCAUACAGGACCUGUGGGCCGCCGCACGCCUACAGCAGCCCCAUCUCGCGGACCGCGCACAACACAUACGACGUGCAGUGCGUGCGCUAUUAGCAUUAUUCCCACAGAACUGCUCGGACCCGACGCUGCAGGAGGUGGUGUACAGCUUGCGUGUGGCGAGUGAGGAGGUGCAAGCGGCGUGUGCUACACCAGCCUCGCUGGACCGCGUGCGCGCCGCCGCCUAUGAACUGGCGCGCGCCACCAAGCUGCUCGUCACCCGCGCGCAUCCCUCCUAGCGCCCACUGCCCGGGCGCGCGCAUGACACCCUCUAGUGCCCGCACACGUGUCUCAGUGUUAAAACAUCAUAGUGAACAGUGUUCCAAUAUCACAAUGAACAGUGUUCCAACAUCAUAAUGAACAGUGUUCCAACAUCAUUGUGAAGUGUUCCGAGUAAUAUUAGUGAAUGUUUAGACUACUGGAGAAGAUCAAUACACGAACUCAUAUUAUUUUUAUAUGAAGCG